AACAGCUCGGGCUCUGCCGAAUCGAAGAACCAUUGAAGUCGGCCUGCAGCCUUUCAAUCUACUGUCGCGGAUCAUCCAUCAAAUAUUUUUUUUAGAGGCUCAGCUGUUCCAAGACAGCAAUCUGCCCAUCAUGAAGGUGACGUUCAAGGAUCUCAAGCAGCAAAAGUUCGUGCUCGAUGUCGAGCCGACCGAUCUCAUCUCCGCUGUUAAGCAGAGGAUCUCUGAAGAGCGGGGCUGGGAUCCCAAGCACCAGAAGCUGAUCUACUCUGGGAAAAUCCUCAAGGAUGAGGACACCGUUGAGAGCUACAAAAUUGAAGAGAAGGGUUUUGUUGUUUGCGUCGUGAACAAGCCCAAGGAGCCCAAACCAGCACCGGCCGCCGAGUCAUCCUCGUCCGCCGCUCCCGCCACCCCAGCCCCGGCACAAAGCUCUACUCCGGCGGCGCCGGCCGCUCCUGUGCAGGCUUCCAGCACGGCUACCGCCGCACCUGCUACACCGACCCCGAACCGGAGUGCGGCCCCGGCGACGCUUGCCACCGAUCCCAACCAGCUGGCCAUGGGCGAGCAGCGUGCCGAAGCCAUCGCAAACAUGGAGGCCAUGGGGUUCGAGCGGUCGCAGAUCGACGCCGCCAUGCGCGCUGCUUUCUUCAACCCCGACCGUGCUGUGGAGUACCUUUUGAACGGUAUUCCGGAGCAUCUUCAACAAUCCGCCUCUGCACCCCGCCAAGCCGCCCAGACUGCUGCCGCUUCCUCCGCCGGUGCUGACGACGACUCCAACGUGAAUCUCUUCGAUCUCGCCGCGCAAGCCGGCCGUGGCUCUGGCGCACGCAGUGGUAGCGGCGCCGACGUGGGAACGGGUGCCGCCGCCGCCGCCGGGCAGGAUCUGGGGAAUUUGGAAUGGCUCCGUGCCAACGCACAGUUUCAACAGCUCCGCCAGGUGGUGCAGCAACAGCCGCAGAUGCUUGAGCCGAUUCUUCAGCAGCUCGGUGCCAGCAACCCCCAGCUCGCGCAGCUAAUCGCUCAGAAUCCCGAUCAGUUCCUGUCUCUGCUUAGCGAGUCGGGCGGUGACGACGAUGCUCCGCUCCCCCCCGGAGCACACCAGAUCUCCGUGACGGAGGAGGAGCGGGACGCCAUCGAGAGGCUCACCCGCCUCGGCUUCACACAAGAUCAAGCGAUUCAGGCAUACUUCGCCUGCGACAAGAACGAGGAGCUGGCGGCAAAUUUCUUGUUUGACCAACCGGACGACGACGACGACGUUAUGCAUUGAUUUUAUUUUUUUGACUCUUGACCAUCGUUUUCGGAGUUUCUGUUGGAAGGGGUGCGAUUUCCGUCCCCUGCCGCUUCUUGUGGGGAGAAUCUGGAUGGGAUUUUGGAAGUUGGGCUAGAAAAACUAGCUCGGGCUCGGUCCUCGUGGCGAGGUUGGCUGGCACUCGGUCGAUGAGCAUACGGAAUCGGUGCUUGGUUGAUGAUGCUUGCGAGGCUGUGAACACUCUUCGCGGUUUCCCUCUCUUAACCCUUUUGCGAGUCCGUGGCGGUAGUUGGCAGAUUGAUGGACAACCGCGUCGGGCUUAGCCUUGUAUUCGAGAGGGAUGAUACCAUGGGGGCGGAACCGGGGGCGCGAAAGGAGACGGGGGUGGUGCGGACACAGCGCAAUGACCGGAGAAUGAAACCAAACCUUCUCGCUCUGCUACUGCGUCGCUUU